AAUGACAUCACCAAAGAAAAUAACAGGGGCUAAACCAGACAAAUCAGUUAAACAAGAUCAAUCACCCAAGAGAUCAAUAGGACAGAGGGCUGCAGGCUCUAUCACUGUUGUUGAAAAAACAUUAAGAAAUAGUCCAGUGUUCAUCAGCCUCAUCAUUUUUACAGCCCUUCUCUACUUUACUGUCAUAUUUCUGAACCUAUUGGCUGGAGACCCAAAUAUCAUCCCUGGUAAUUCAAUUUUUUUUAACUUAUAGAAAUUAAUUUCCAUUGUUUUAAUUAUUGUAUAUUAAAUGCUUUUUUAUUAUUUUUUAAUGGACAUAAACUAUGAAGAAAUAAUCUUGAACCAAGUAAACUAUUUAUUGAAACACAGCCUAUACCUAUGUAGUGAGUAACUAUACUUAUCAAGUGUUUUUUGCGCCAAUAAGCAAAUCAUCCCCACAAAUUACUGAUUAAUUAAGUAAACAAAACUAUCACAAGUGUUGGCUACAACAUCACAAGCUAAUGAAGUCUAAGCAGCUCCUAAAAAAGAUCAAUGUGACAGUGAAGUCACAGAAAUAAAUAGACAUAUCGUAUCUGAUUUGGAAAAAAUUUGAUAAAAUCUCAUAAAAUAUUGAAGAAUCUAUUAAAACCAUCAAGAUUUACUUUUAAUUCUGUCAUAGAGAAAGCAUUUUUUAGGAAGGUUAGUCAAUCUUUUUAAAAUAUCAUUAUGUGCUGAUUCAACGUUUCAACCCCAAUAUCAAUUUAUACCUUUUGUUGUUAUAUUCCUUAGGUCUCUUUGAGCGGGGAAUAUCUGAGGUUUCCAAUGAAUUUAACACCAGGAUCACACCAGCUGGUUGGGCGUUCUCUAUUUGGGGUCUGAUUUACCUCCUCCAGUUUGCCUGGGUCAUCUACAGUCUUGCUCUGAUCUGCCGCACCACUCCCAACGGACCAGCUUACCUGAAUCCCAUUGUUCUCUCACCUGCUUUUUUUAUUUUCUUUAACCUCAGCUCGGCAUUUAACAUUGGCUGGUUGUUUCUGUGGGACCGCAUCUUGUUCAUGGCCUCCUUUGUUUUCCUUGGAUGUAUCACCCUCUCUCUUUUUUUGACAUUGGCCAUUGCCUCUGUUAGGCUGGUCACAUUUCAAGACGCUUUGGUUGACCAGGGAAGAAGGACUGAUGUGAAUUUUCUCAAAGUGGCAGUUGUAAAUGGCGUUGGUAUGUAUGCCACCUGGUCUACCGUGGCCACUCUGGUCAAUUUAGUUGUCGUUUUGACUUACAAGUGGAGCCACCCCAUCGGAGAUGAGAAAGCUGCUAUAAUUUGUUUGGGGAUUCUCUCAUUUUUUACUGUCGUUUACAUAGCUUUGGAUAUGACAGUUUUGGAGCAAUACACUCGUUUUGCCUUUGCGCCAUAUCUUGUCAUAAUUUGGGCACUGGUUGCUAUUGUAGUAAAAAAUUACAACAAGGCAUAUCUCUCGUCCAUAAUGUCGGUAGUUCUGCUCGGUUCUGUCUGCUUUGCUUGCUUGAUAAAGGUUGCUUUGACAUCUUAUAGAGUAAGAAGUGUAAAAUAUCACUAUCGUCAAAUGAAAAGAGGGCGUCCAACAAACCUGGAAGAGUAAAUUUUUUUCACGCAGCAAUGAAGUCCUGACUGGAUUUUGUCACAAAGACACAAGAAGUCGGGUUUUUAUUCAUAUAAAUAAUGAUCUUUUCGUUUUGUUAUUUUUUUCAAUAUAUUUUUCUUAUUGUACAUAGUACAAUGACUAGUAAACUUUUUACAAACAUCAGAGGCACUUACAUUCAACUUCCAUCAUGGUCACAUCAUCUUUGUUGAUCCCUAGUAUCUGUAACAAAGAUGUUACCAUUUCCUGACCACUCUUGUACCAGUAUCAGUAAAAAAAAAUCAGGGACCAAUACUUGAGUUGUCUACUACACUCGUGAUCUGCUACUGUAUAUAUUAAUUUAAAAACUGCUAACUUUUUUUUUUAAAUAUGUAAUUACUAAAGCAUGCUAAGGGGACAAAUUAUUGUGGAUUGUUAUCUUAUGUCAUUUAGUAUACAUAAAAAGGAUAUUUAUUAGUGUAUUUGAGUGCAUGUUUUUUUUGUUUUUGUUCUUACAAAUAUGAUUUCUUAAGCUAAUGAAAUUUCCAAUCUAUUUAUUUAAUGAGAUCUAUUGUAGUUGUACCGGUAGUAAAAAAAAAGAAAAAAUGCAUGCUAUUGGGUACCGGUAAGUAAUUUUUGGGAAGCCCCUAAAUACACUAUGGUAUAUAGUUAUAUUCCAUGGUGUUGCCUUGGCAAGUAAGUCAGUUGUGUUUUCUGACAAUUAAUUCGUAUGCCUGCACUGUGGAGUUCAUUUGAAAGUGACAUGGGCUUGCUUACAACUUGUAAAUAUUUUGACAGUCCAAUGAAUGCUGUUCGACUAAAUCUGUACAUUAUUUACAUAUCAUUCGGAAAAACCAUUAUUUCUCAUUAUGUCUAAUCAAAAUUAGGGUGUGAAAAUAAUUGGUGUACUUUUAGUUGAUUCUGUUAUUUGCAUGUGUGCUAUAAUAAUGACUUUACUCCAUGGUGUCAAUCUUGUUGGCAUAAAGCUCAAUAAAUUCCUGAAGUAAACAACUAAAUGUUCUUUAGCUCUACAUUUGCAUAUUGUGAUCCAUCAGUGACAUUUCUGUAAAGUGGCUUGUUACUAUUGACUAUUGUAAGUUGUUGUUUUUUAUUCAUGUUAGAUUUCCAAAUCAACUCACCAGUACCUUGUGUACAAAAUUGAGUUGAUCUUGUAAGUUUAAUUGAAUUUUAAAUUCUAAAUAAACAUCUUUGUCUUCAGUGUUUCAUGGCCUGGCUUCUUCAACCUUUUGGCUUUUAAUAAUUUCAUGAAUAAAUGUAAAAAUAUUCAUAAAAAGCUAUUUAUGUUUGUUGUUUUUAUGCACACAAAAAAACAUAUCACAUAUUUUUUAUAUUUUUUUUU